ACUGGUCUUUGUUAUGGUGUUUUGAUUUGUCAGUAAAGUGUACAUAAUCCGUUCCGAACGGUAUAAUGGUGUAAUUAUUUCUGUAAAUCGAAAAUAAAGUAUUCGAUGGAUCAACAACAACCAAAACUAAUCACCGACCGAGAAAUAACAAUAAAGGAAUUCAGUAAAAUAUGUCGGUUUUGUAUGAGCCGCUGUGACAUUCUCGAAACAAUAUUUAAAGAAGAUACGUACAGCACCGAACAAACCAUUACGACAAUGUUCACGGAGUGCCUGCACCUAGAUAUUGACUCAAAUGCUGAACUUCCUCUUUGUAUCUGUCCCGAAUGUAUUGAGAAACUUGUGAAUUGCUACAACUUCAGGAAACAGUGUGUUAAUUCGCAUAACCGAUUAACAGAAAUUUGGAAAAAGGAACAAAAUGCUUCGGAGUCACCUUCCCAAGAUGAUGAUAAUGCACACAUGGAUGUGGAAAAGAUAUUUUGUUUGGAACCGAAAAUCAAAGAAGAAAACAGCGACGAUGAAAAUGAAGAGGUCCAGACGGUCGUUAGUGAUAUCAGUACCUCGAGGGUACAAUUCAGUGGCGAUGGUGAUUCAACGGACAACAUUCAGGGUACAAAUGUGAAGAAAAAGGUGGGUCGUCCCAAAAAGCCGAUCGAAGAGAAAGUUGUGAAGGCGCCGGGAAUGUGUCAGAUUUGUGGUGGAUUGUACGUUGGUCUCAAGUAUCAUAUGUUUGUACAUGAAGUGCCGAAAUUUGAAUGCGAUUACUGUGGUAGAAAAUUCAAGCACAAAAGUAAUUUAUUCGCCCACGUACGAAUCCAUGCAAAUGAUAGAAAACAUCAGUGUCCUCACUGUCCAUAUAAAUUUCAGGAUCGUGCGAAGUACCUAAGACAUUUGAAAAUUCAUACUGGUGAACGUAACAUAAGCUGUGAUAUUUGUGGUAAAUCAUUCUGUCGUAAAACCGAUAUGCUUAAGCACCGGCUGAUUCACGACGUACCUAGAGUUCCAUGCCCGUAUUGUGAUAAAAUGUUUACAACCAAAACGAAUAUGCUCAGUCAUAUCGGCAUACACACGGGCGAACGCAAUUUUAAAUGCGAAACGUGCGGAGCUGCAUUCACUGCAUCGAGCAGCUUGUCGAAUCAUCGAAAGAUCCACAAAAAGGAGAAUCCAGUGAUCAAAUGUAAGGAAUGCGGAAUCGUUUUGGCAGACACGGCUAUGUUAAAGAAUCACAUGAGAGACCAUCAAAAUAUUGUCAUGCUGGAGUGAGUGCCGGACCACCGAAAUAACGUUGUGACUAUGGAAAUUACAAAAAUUAUGUUCGUCAAUAAAGUAUCCGCUGUGCGCUGUCUUCAAUUUUAA